AUGCAUACUGUACACAGUUUUAAAAAAUCAUACUUUUCCCAUUUGAAUAGAUGCAUGCAUUGCAACAAAAUAAGUGUGCUAAACCCGGUCUUUAAGUGCACGGGUUGUUCCAUGGUAAGUCACCAAAGGUGCUUGGAAAGAAAUCAGUACACCAUUAACGAACGUCUGAGGUUAGAAAAACGUAUUGUCAAAGACCAAAAAGCACCAGUGAAAAUCAAGUACAAUGAACUUGGGGAGCUUCUAGAACCCGAUUACCUGUAUAAUAUUUUGGUAAUAGAAAAACGACACCCAAUAUCGUUGAUGUCAGAAGAAUACCUGAAAGCAAGGCAUGCAGAACACGAAUCCUUGUUUUCUGCCAUUCGGGCACGUGAUGUUUUGGAAUCGUAUACCACGGAGCCGAUGUCGAGAAGAUCCGGUCAGGAACCUAAUGCUACAGUUACAGUAACAGUUACAGAACCAGAACAAAGUACAUUAAUGUCUACACAGGAAAUGAGUGCAGAAGCGCUAGAGCCAUUAGUCUCUGCAGCGCCAGACACUAAUUUAGAGGAACGGGGACGAAGUUCUGUGUCACUAGAACUCGAUGAAGGGGCACCAAAACUAGGUGCAAGAACACCAGAACCUGGAAGUGCUUGA